GGAAAUGUUUGCUGCACUGCGCCACCUACCUAGUAAGUACGUUUAUAUACCUGUUUAUACCUUUAUACGAAACGUCAUAACAACAUGGCGGGUAUCUUUAAAACUCUGUUGAGAACAACUUCUUCGUUUUCGCGAGUGUUUCUUAGCUGUUCCUAUAGCAGUGGAUCAUCAAGCAAAGCAUGGAGUAUUGGACGUCUCAACCAUGUUGCAAUAGCUGUACCCAACUUAGAUAAAGCAACAAGUCUAUACAGAGACAUCCUGGGUGCAAAGGUCAGCGAUGCUUUGCCAUUACCAGAGCAUGGUGUCACAACAGUGUUUGUGGAGCUGGGCAACACAAAACUAGAAUUACUCCACCCACUUGGUGAGAGUAGUCCGAUUCAAGGAUUUCUAAAUAAGAAACCUGAUGGUGGAAUGCACCAUAUAUGUAUUGAGGGUGGGAUGACUGUUGAAGGGGCGCAAGAUCUUUUUGGGGGAGUGCGUGCAAUUCAAACUAAAUCAAAUGAUGCAUUUAAGGUUGUGGGCUUGUGCUGCAGUAGUUCAUCAUACAUUUUAAAAUGGUAUCAACAAUAG